GUUCUAAGCCACGUUGAGUAUGACCACAUUUUAAAACCGGUUGCAGAUCUCCUCUGACUUUGAAAUCAGUUCGUUACAUAUUACGAAAUAUAUGAUAAUCUUUAGCGUUCAAGUUCACUUUCUGCUCUAAUUGUCAAGCAUAUAUCGCCAUACUCUAUCACGAUGUCUUUUGCGGGAAAAGUUGUUCUGAUAACGGGAGCUAGCUCAGGAAUUGGAGCUGCGACUGCUGUCCAUCUGGCUCAGCUUGGUGCAUCAUUGUCGAUAACUGGGCGCAAUAAGGAUAAUUUAAACAAAGUGGCCGAACAAUGCGGGCAGUCCAAACCUCUAAUUGUGACAGGAGAAUUAACUAACGAAAAAGACGUAGAGAAUAUCAUUGACUCAACGAUCAAGCAUUACGGCAAAUUAGAUGUUUUAGUUAAUAAUGCUGGAGUUCUAGAGGGUGGCAGUAUAGAAACCACAAAUUUAGAACAAUAUGACAGGGUCUUCAACAUAAAUGUUCGUUCGGUGUAUCAUCUAACAACACUGGCAGUGCCACAUCUAAUCAAAACAAAGGGCAAUAUUGUCAACGUUUCUAGCGUAACAGGAUUGAGAUCUUUUCCAAAUUGCCUAGCAUACUGUAUGAGUAAAUCAGCUGUGGAUCAAUUUACACAUUGUGUCGCUCUGGAAUUGGCACCAAAGCAGGUGCGUGUGAAUGCUGUAAAUCCUGGUGUCAUUGUAACGAAUCUUCACCAUAGCAGUGGAAUGACCAAGGAUCAACUGCAGACCUUUUUCGAACACAGCAAAGAUACACAUGCUCUGGGAAGGACAGGUGAUGCUACAGAGGUCGCAAAGACUAUUGCAUUUCUCGCAAGCAAUGAUGCUAGUUUUAUCACAGGUGCGACAUUACCUGUGGAUGGAGGUAGGCAUGCAAUGUGCCCUCGUUAAAAAUCAAACAUUGUAAAUGAUAUAUGAUAAAUUCAACAUAUAUAAUACAUCAUAUAUCGCCUUUAUAAAAAUAUUAACAACUAUACUACGAGAGAUUAUGUACUAUAUUUUGUCGGGAGAUCUAUAAUAUAUUAUUGCUAUAUUUUGUUGGUUCAACAAAAAUAGUUGAAAAAGUUUGAAAUAAUUUUUUUAAUUUAUAUAUUGUUACUAUUAUAUUUUUGUACUUAAAUUUGUCACACUAUUUUUAUAAAUAAAGUUAGAUGCUUGUAUCUGGCAAAAUAAGCAAAUG